AUGGUGCUGGGGAAGGUGAAGAGUCUGACCAUAAGCUAUGACUGUCUGAACGGCAGCCAUGUCCCCGUCUAUUCCAGCGGGGACACCGUCUCAGGAAGGUGAAUCUGGAGGUGACCGGGGAGAUCAGGGUGAAGUCUCUGAAGAUCCAUGCCCGGGGACAUGCCAAAGUCCGGUGGACGGAGUCCAGGAAUGCCGGAUCUAAUACUGCCUACACCCAGAACUACACCGAGGAGGUGGAAUACUUCAACCACAAGGACAUUCUCAUCGGCCAUGAGAGAGACGAUGAUAACUCAGAAGAAGGACUGACCACUAUUACUUCAGGACGCCAUGAAUAUGCAUUUAGUUUCGAGCUUCCACAGACACCACUUGCUACCUCAUUUGAAGGGAGACACGGUAGUGUACGGUAUUGGGUGAAAGCAGAAUUGCACAGAGCCUGGCUGCUACCAGUAAAAUUAAAGAAGGAAUUCACCGUGUUUGAACAUAUAGAUAUCAACACUCCUUUAUUAUUGUCACCACAAGCAGGCACAAAAGAGAAAACGCUGUGUUGUUGGUUUUGUACCUCAGGUCCAAUAUCCUUAAGUGCCAAAAUUGAAAGGAAGGGCUAUACACCAGGUGAAUCCAUUCAAAUCUUCGCAGAGAUUGAGAAUUGUUCUUCCCGAAUGGUUGUACCUAAGGCAGCCAUAUAUCAGACACAGACUUUCUAUGCCAAAGGGAAAAUGAAGGAGGUGAAACAACUUGUCGCCAAUUUACGAGGAGAGUCCCUGUCUUCUGGGAAAACAGAGACCUGGAAUGGCAAGCCGCUAAAGAUCCCUCCAGUGUCCCCUUCCAUCCUCGACUGCAGCAUAAUUCGCGUGGAAUAUUCCCUCAUGGUAUAUGUGGAUAUUCCAGGCGCAAUGGACUUAUUCCUUAAUUUACCGCUAGUCAUUGGAACAAUCCCCUUGCAUCCAUUUGGCAGCCGGACAUCAAGUGUUAGCAGUCAGUACAGCAUGAACACUUGGCUUGGCUUUGUCCUACCUGAACGACCUGAAGCACCUCCCAGCUAUGCUGAAAUUGUCACAGAAGAGCAGAGACAAAAUCUUAUAUCAUCAAAUAUUUGUGACAAUUUCGAGUUGGCACUUCAAGGACCACUUUUUGCAUAUAUCCAAGAAUUUCGUUACUUGCCUCCUCCUCUCUACUCAGAGGUUGACCCAAACCCAGAUCAGCCCAUUGAAGAUCAUCCUUCCUGUCCAUCUCGCUGA